AUGAAAGCAAAAGAAGAGCCACGAUCGUUUCCCCUCGAGGAUAAGCCUCUCACCCGCGAGAACAUCCUGAAGUGCCUUUCGAUCGCGCCGAGAGUGCCUCCAUCAGGAUGGGGUAGCAUGGUCGCCCGCCUACGCUCAGAUGUCGUCGUCAAGUACGGCCAAGAGCGCGUGCACAUCAAUGAAGCAAAUACCAUGCGACUAGUCAGGCAGCGGACUUCAACAGUCUUGCUACCGAAAGUGCUCGAUGCCUGGACCGCUACUGACUGUGGGCAAAACAGGCGAGAGCGAGGUAAAGAGGAUGUUCCGGUCACCUAUAUUGUCAUGCAAUAUGUACAUGGAACCGUGCUGAAGGACAAGUGGCCAACACUGAUAGGAACUGAGCGCGACAUACUUGUGCAACGUGUCGCUGACAUGCUCAAAGAACUUCGCACGGUGCAAGUGGACCAGCCAGGUCCGCUGGGCCAGCCGAUUCGUUGCGAAGGGAGAUAUUUCACCGAGUAUGAUGCCGGCCCUUUCGAAACCAAGGCCGACUUGACGCACUGGCUCAACAACCGCCUCGAAGUCUGCAAGCUCUUCCGCCAGGCACCACAAAAUCGUCCGGAACUGGCCAUUGAUGAAUUGGUAGUCUGUCACACGAACCUCAACGAGCGCACCAUCGUCGUUGCAGCGGACGGGAGUCCUUGGAUCAUCGACUGGACCUGUGCGGGUGGGUAUCCGCCAUGUUUCGAGCGUGGGAGUUUGAGACCUAUCCACGGAGACGCGGGAGAAUUUGCUCGUGCGCUGAAAGAGAAGAUUGCAUUCGAAGAGGACGAGCCCUUGCUGGCUCGCUUGGAUGAGCUGACGUUCGCCUUCUAUACUGCAGCACUGUGUCGAAGAUAUGACAUGGACUUUGGUCGCGACGAUUCUGAAGGGUCAGAGACCGACAGUUUGCUCGGUAAUUGA